AAAUUCUAUUUAUUUUCUUUUAGUGACCGUGUGCCGCUCUCGUGUAAUGACUGGUCUUUUUUUUAAAAGAAAAGAAAACAAGGAAAUUAAUUUCUCAAAAACAAUUUUUCAUCAACUUUAUGGAUAUCUGAACUUGUCUUCUUCCCUACACAACUCCAUCUCCAUUCAAUUCUCUCUCUCUCUCCUCCAUUAAAGCUUCAUCUCUUUCUUUCCCAUCUCUUUCCCAUUCUUUAAAACCCCCCUUUUGUUCUCCACCUUUCUUCCCACACAAAUUGAACCUCUGAAGAAACAGAUAUUCCAAAUUCUUCCCCCAAAAUGGAUGCAUAUGAUUGCGACUACUUCAUGAGGAGGAGCCAGCAGGUGCCGGCGUUUGGGAGCUGGGAUUGCGACGGCGGCGGCGAUUUCCCGAUCCCGUUCACGCAGUGCUUCGAGUCGGCGAGGCAGGCCGCCGGGCUCCUCCGCUACAGCUACUCAGAGGACCGGGAUCUGUACGUCGCCGGCGAUCUCUACGAAAACGACGUCGUCACUCCCACCAUGAUUGUCGUCCCCCGUCGCCGGGUUGUUGAGAAAGGAGGAGGAAAAGAGGCAGCAGCAGCCUGGGUGGUGGGCCAGUGUGGGUAUGAAGAUUUCGGAGCCGUCGUAAAAGAGCCGCCCAGCCCACCUCCGCCGUCUCCUCCGCCGUCCAAGGCGGUUGACGAAGAUCUCUACAAGAUUUCCCCUGACCUCCUCUGCUCCAGGGCCAAAAGGAGGAGAUCAUGGGGAUUCUUCUCAAGUUGCCUUCGACCAGUCUGCGUGUAACACGGAAGAACAAACAAAAAAAAAGAACUGAUCUCGG